AUGGAAACAAAACGUCUCGGAAGUUCUGCAAUAGACAAGGUUGUCUCGACGGCCGAGCUCCUGGAGCUCAUCCUACUUCAGCUGGACCUACGAACACUUCUCACCGCUGCCCAACGAACCUGUCGAUAUUGGCACAGUCUCGUCCGAGAUUCGCCCUCGCUGCAGAAACAUCUAUACUUUAUGCCGGAUGAGAAUAUCUCCAAAUCCUGGAACCCGUUACUGGCAGAAGUGUUUCCUUCGUUCUUUUCCCUGAAUGGCGGAUCGGCAGCAGGAUUUGGCAGGUUUACCUUUGCGACUUUCGAUAUGAUUCAGUUCCCUGAUAAGAUCACUGCCUAUAAUCGGAAAGAAGCAAGCUGGCGCCGGAUGCUUGUUCAGCAGCCCCCGAUUCAAGAAUUUGCAUUUUUCGACGUGGUUUCGUCGCGUAUGCCGAAGAAACAAGCAUUUGCCCAGCCCCAUGAUGUAGUCUGUAUGGGAGCACUAUUCGAGUUCGUGGUCACCCGAGGACCCCUUCGUUAUGAACGACAGAUGUUCCAGCGUGUAUUCUGGGCAUCCUCAGAGCAAGAGGACCAUCCUGUGUGGAAACGAAAUUCAGGACUGGUCGAAGAGUUUAGGCAGGCUAGUGCACAAUUUGAUUUAGUGGUUUAUCAGAUUGCCUCCCGGGGUUGUGUACGACACAAGCCCUGUGUGACUGAGGAAGAAAAGAUGAGACGACUCAUCUUUUCAUCUUAUGCCGAGUUGAACCAGGAGAAGAAUGCGGAGACGUAUGAUGUUGUUGAUAUUGAGGAGGAUUCCAUGCAAUCAAAAGCUCAUUGGUGA